AUGAAGAAGGGGAAGAAGAAGAAAGAAAAGGGCAGAAGAGGAAAGAAGAAGAAGGAAGAGGAGGAAGAAGAGGAAGAAGAGGAAGAAGGGGAAGAAGAGGAUGAAGAGGAAGAAGGGGAAGAAGGGGAGGAAGAGAAAGAAGAGGAAGAAGGGGAAGAAGAGGAAGAAGUGAAGAAGAUGAAGGAUGAAGAAGGAAGAAGAAGGAAGAAGAAAGAAAAGGGAAGAAGGGGAAAGACGAAGAAGGAAGAGGAGGAGGAAGAAGAAGAAGGGGAAGAAGGAGAAGAAGAGGAAGAAGGGGAAGAAGAGGAAAAGGGGAAGAAGAGGAAGAAGAGGAAGAAGGGGAAGAAGAGGAAAAAGGGAAAGAAGAGGAAGAAGAGCAAGAAGAGGAAAAAGGGGAAGAAGAGGAAGAAGAGGAAGAAGAGGAAGAAGGGGAAGAAGAGGAAGAAGGGGAAGAAGAGGAAAAAGGGAAAGAAGAGGAAGAACAGGAAGAAGAGGAAGAAGGGGAAGAAGAGGAAGAAGAGGAAGAAGGGGAAGAAGAGGAAGAAGGGGAAGAACAGGAAGAUGAGGAAGAAGAGGAAGAAGGGGAAGAAGGGAAAGAAGAGGAAGAAGGGGAAGAAUAGGAAGAAGUAA